CCGGGAGCCGAGCUCUGCCCUCCGUGCCCUCCUGCGGGACCAGAGGUUCCUGCCCAGAGUGACAGUGCCCCUCGGCCGCGAGCCCAGGGCUCCGGACCACCACCAGGAUGGUGGGCGAAAGCCCCUACCUCAUCUCCGACCUGGACAAGCGGAGCCGGCGGCGGAGGUCCUUUGCAGAGAGAUAUGACCACAGCCUGAAGACCAUGAUCCCCGUGAGGCCGUACGCAAGGCUGGCACCCAACCCCAUGGACGAUGCGGGGCUGUUCUCCUUCGCCACGUUCUCCUGGUUCACACCCGUGAUGGUGAAAAGCUACCGGCACACGCUGACUGUGGACACUCUGCCCCCGCUGUCGCCGUACGACUCCUCCGACACCAACGCCCAAAGGUUCCGUGUGCUCUGGGACAAGGAGGUGGCGAGGGCGGGCCCCGAGAAGGCCUCCCUGGGCCGCGUGGUCUGGCAGUUCCAGCGGACGCGGGUGCUGAUGGACACGGUGGUCAACAUCCUGUGCGUCGUCAUGGCAGCCAUCGGGCCGACGGUCCUCAUCCACCAGAUCCUCCGGCAGACGGAGAGCGCCACCCGGAGCGUCUGGGUGGGCGUCGGCCUGUGCGUGGCCCUCUUUGCCACCGAGUUCACCAAAGUCCUCUUCUGGGCCCUGGCCUGGGCCAUCAACUACCGCACGGCGAUCCGGCUGAAAGUGGCCGUGUCCACCGUGGUCUUCGAAAACCUGGUGUCCUUCAAGACGCUGACGCGCAUCUCCGUGGGCGAGGUGCUCAACGUGCUGUCCAGCGACAGCUGCUCCCUGUUCGAAGCCGCCUUGUUCUGCCCCUUGCCGGCCACCAUCCCCAUCCUCCUGGUUGUCUGCGCCGUGUUCGCCUUUUUCAUCCUGGGGCCCACGGCUCUCAUCGGGAUAUCCGUCUACGUCAUCUUCGUCCCCAUCCAGGUGUUUAUGGCGAAGCUCAACUCGGCUUUCCGAAGGUCAGCGAUCUCCAUGACGGACAAGCGGGUGCAGACCAUGAACGAGUUUGUGACCUGCAUCAAGCUGAUUAAGAUGUAUGCCUGGGAGAAGCCCUUCACCCAGACCAUCCGAGACAUCAGGAAGAGAGAAAGGAAGUUACUGGAGAAAGCGGGCUUUGUCCAGAGCGGGAACUCGGCGCUGGCCCCCAUCGCCUCCACCAUCGCCAUCGUGUCCACGUUCACCUGCCACAUCCUGCUGCGGCGCAAGCUCACGGCCCCCGUGGCAUUCAGCGUGAUCGCCAUGUUCAACGUGAUGAAGUUCUCCAUCGCAAUCCUGCCCUUCUCCGUCAAGGCGGCGGCCGAAGCCAGCGUCUCCCUGAGGAGAAUGAAGAGAAUUCUCAUAGCUACGAGCCCCCCAUCCUACAUCACCCAACCAGAAGGCCCAGACACUGUCUUGCUUUUAGCAAAUGCCACCCUGACGUGGGCGCAAGAAGCCGGCCGGGAAAGCGACAGCGACGUAAAGAAAGCGGAGAAGCAGAAAAAGCGCCUUCUCGAGAAACAGAGGUCGGAGGCCUACAGUCUGAGUGCCUCGGCCCCGGGCGCCGCGGGCCCGGAGGACCGGAGCGGUGGCGGCAAGUCGGUGCUGCACAACAUCAGCUUCGUGGUGAGAAAGGGGAAGGUCCUGGGGAUUUGCGGGAACAUUGGAAGCGGCAAGAGCUCCCUCAUCGCAGCUCUGCUGGGCCAGAUGCAGCUGCAGCAGGGGGUGGUGGCGGUCAGCGGGACCCUGGCCUACGUGUCCCAGCAGGCGUGGAUCUUCCACGGGAGCGUGCGGGAGAACAUCCUGUUCGGAGCCAAGUAUGACCACCAAAGGUACCAGCACACGGUGCGAGUCUGCGCCCUCCAGGAGGACCUGAGCAGCCUGCCUUACGGGGACCUGACCGAGAUCGGGGAGCGGGGCCUCAACCUCUCAGGGGGGCAGAGACAGAGGAUCAGCCUGGCCCGCGCCGUCUACUCGGACCGCGAGAUCUACCUGCUGGACGACCCGCUGUCGGCCGUGGACGCCCGGGUGGGGAAGCAUGUCUUUGAGGAGUGCAUCCGGAAGGCGCUGCGGGGCAAGACGGUCGUGCUGGUGACGCACCAGCUGCAGUUCCUGGAGUCCUGUGACGAGGUCAUUUUGCUGGAAGACGGGGAGAUCUGUGAGAAGGGAACCCACGAGGAGCUAAUGGAGGAGAGAGGGCGCUAUGCGAAGCUGGUGCACAACCUCCGGGGGCUGCAGUUCAAGGACCCUGAGCACAUUUACAACGCGGCGAUGGUGGAGGCCAUGCAGGAGGGCCCUGCGGACAGAGAUGAAGUUCUGGCUCCAGAUGAGAAAGAGGAAGGAAAAGAAUCCGAUAGAGACUCAGAAUUCAUAGACAUCAAAGCCCCUCUGCACCAGCUCGUUCAGACCCAGCCCCCCCGGGAAGGAGCCGUGACCUGGAGGACCUAUCACACGUACAUUAAGGCGGCUGGAGGCUACCUCCUCUCCCUCUUCACGGUGACGCUCUUCCUCCUCAUGAUCGGCAGCACCGCCUUCAGCAACUGGUGGCUGGGCUUCUGGCUGGACAAGGCCUCCGAGAUGACCUGCGGGCCGCAGAGCAGCAAGGGCCCGUGUGAGAUCGGCGCGGUGCUGGCAGACACGGGGCACGGCGUGUACCAGUGGGUGUACGCAGGCAGCAUGGUGUCUGUGCUGGCGUUCGGCAUCACCAAGGGCUUCACCUUCACCAAGACCACCCUGAUGGCGUCCUCCUUGCUGCACGACCGCGUGUUUGACAAGAUCUCGCAGAGCCCGAUGAGCUUCUUCGACAUGACGCCCAGCGGCAGGCUCAUGAACCAGUUCUCCAAGGACAUGGACGAGCUGGACGUGAGGCUGCCCUUCCACACCGAGAGCUUCCUGCAGCAGGUCUUCCUCGUGGCCUUCAUCCUCAUGGUCCUGGCCGCUGUGUUCCCCGCCGUCCUCCUGGUGCUGGCCUGCCUCGCCGUGGGCUUCCUGGUGCUUCUAUGCAUCUUCUACAGAGGAGUCCAGGAGCUCAAGAAGGUGGAGAAUGUGAGCCGCUCACCCUGGUUCUCACACAUCACCUCGUCCAUGCAAGGCCUGGGCAUCAUCCACGCCUACGACAGGCGGGAGGACUGCGUCACCAAGUUUAAGAUGCUCAACGAUGAGAACUCCAGCCACCUCCUGUACUUCAACUGCGCUCUGCGCUGGUUCGCCCUGAGGAUGGACGUCCUCAUGAACAUCGUCACCUUCAUCGUGGCCCUGCUGGUGACCCUGAGUUUCUUUUCCGUCAGCGCCUCCUCCAAAGGCUUGUCCUUGUCCUACAUCAUCCAGCUCAGCGGGCUGCUGCAGGUGUGCGUGCGCACGGGGACCGAGACCCAGGCCAAGUUCACCUCCGUGGAGCUGCUCCGGGCGUACAUCUCGGCCUGUGCUCCUGAAAGCGCCCAGCCCCUCCCAGCGGCGCCCUGUCCCCGGGACUGGCCCAGCCGCGGGGAGAUCACGUUCAGAGACUAUCGGAUGAGAUACAGGGACGGCACGCCCCUCGUCCUCGACGGGCUGAGCCUGCACAUCCAGAGCGGGCAGACGGUGGGCAUCGUGGGAAGAACAGGCUCUGGCAAGUCGUCGCUGGGAAUGGCCCUGUUCCGCCUGGUGGAGCCGGCGGGCGGCACCAUCCUCAUCGACGGGGUGGACAUCUGCACGGUUGGGCUGGAGGACCUCAGGACCAAGCUGACCGCCAUCCCCCAGGACCCCGUGCUGUUUGUAGGUACAGUAAGGUUCAACCUGGACCCCUUCGAGAGCCACACGGACGAGAUGCUCUGGCAGGUGCUGGAGCGGACGUUCAUGCGAGACACGAUAAUGAGACUCCCGGACAAACUGCAGGCAGAAGUCACCGAGAACGGCGAGAACUUCUCAGUCGGGGAGCGGCAGCUGCUCUGCAUGGCCCGGGCGCUGCUCCGCAACUCGAAAAUCAUUCUCCUUGAUGAAGCCACUGCCUCCAUGGACUCCAAGACUGACAGCCUUGUGCAGAGUACCAUCAAAGACGCCUUCAAAGGCUGCACAGUGUUGACCAUCGCCCACCGCCUCAACACGGUCCUCAACUGUGACCUCGUCCUGGUCAUGGAAAACGGGAAGGUGGCCGAGUUCGACAAGCCUGAAGUCCUUGCCGAGAAGCCAGGUUCUGCGUUUGCAAUGCUACUCGCAGCAGAGAACAAAGUCCGAGCAUAAAGGGCCCAGCGGACUAGGAGGAGGAGGACUUGGAUGAGCCUGCGGGAGGAGGCCCUCAUCCCCGCAGGCAGCCCUGGUCCGCGGCCUUCCCACCCCGACCCAGGCUGAGCUGAGCUGAGGUGGCUUCCCUGCCUCGCCCAGGCCAUGCCUCCUUACCUCACUGAGCAGCCAGGGCUGGUUGUGUGGUGAACAGAGGCAGGUGAAGGGAGUGGGUUAACAACUGCCCCUCAUAUCCUGAAACCCCAAGGGCCCCUCAUUGUCAUCAAUACCACCUCCGAGCCUGAAAAGUAGCCACUUUCAGUUAAAAACUGGUCAAAGUAAACAGAUCGGGCAAAUUCCUAGGAGGGAGUUUGUAAAGGUCUCCUGCCUCGUUGUCCGGAGGGAAAAGAGCUGAGUUUCUCCCCGUUUGACUUCUAUCCACACAUAUCUUGAGAGCAGAUGCUCGGUAACCACGCGCGUCUGUAGCACGAAAGACUGAUUACAGUGUUCAGCAAAAAACCUUUAAAAAAAUCAUAUUGCAUGUGCCGUUUGAUCCAUGAUAAUAACCAGGAAAACAAGAUGCUGGCGUUUCUCUAUAAAUGACAUUUUUCUAUCUUCUCUGCUGGUCAUUAAAAUGCAGUAGGAAAUUAACCCAC